AUGGCGUUUUUUCCAACGCUCCUUUCUGCGGCCACAUUCUGCGCCCUCGCGCAGCUGAAAGAGUUCGAUGUCACGGGUGCCCUGGACGAUGAACGCUGCGACGGUGACGACGAUGCGUCCUGCGAGUCCUUGAAGAUGCUCCAAAGACGUGCCAACCGCAGCAGUGAAGCCAACAACCCCACUGGGCGGCAUAGUUCUUCGGUGCUCUGUUCGGAGAUGCCCACAUGCGGUGCUUUGAACCUGAAGGGCUAUUGCUGUCCCAGCGCCGCGGGAGUAUCCUUAGAUUGCUGCUACAACCAACGGCAUCAGCAAAUCAGAGAGUGCCUUCAGGUGGGACGACAAGCAUUGGAGAACUGCCCAGCUCAUGUGGAUGCAGCUGACAUGAGGCCUGAAGACGUGGAAGCCGUGUGCCAAGAGUCAUGCCAGAAGGAACUUCUUCCACUGAGUGUGGAGUGUGGAGUUGACAACUUUGCAAGGACCUUCAAAGUGCUGUGUGCUCACCCGGAGACGACGGCGACGGUGCUACGAAAGAUGAGGCAACAAGACACCUGUGUGAAUGCUCAUUUGAAGACCUCUUCCACCUGUCCACCACAUAUUCGCAUCGUGACGGAGAUCCUGAAGAACCAAAACCCCAAGGACACGCAAAUCUUAUGCAGUGAUGAUUGCUAUCCCGACAUGGCAAGGAUCUUUGACAACUGCACUGCCGAUGAGCUGCAGAACAAAUUAUCGAGCCUUUGUAGUGACCAAGACUUGACAGCCUCCAUGGCCAAAGGCAAACAUCUGGAACGAGUGAAGGAGGACUUUCUGUAUGAGGACCUGGACCUGAUGCGGAUGCUGAGCUGA